GUUCUUUACGCUUCUGCCGCUGCACCACACGAGCUGUCUCUCCUUAAGUUCUUGCAUCUGUGUCAACUCUCCUACCGUCGCUCCUUCGCACUCUUUCCGUCCCGUCCGCCUCCCGCGCAAUCGCCUAUCUGAUCGAGCAACUCCACCGUCCCAUCCCGCAGCCAGCCAGCGACUAAAAAAAGCCCAGGCGGCUACAGUAAUUGGCAGCAAAUCAGACGAAUCCGCAGUUCCACCGGCUCACAGCACGCGUGAAUUGGCACUCCCGCAUACCGGCUGGAGAAUACGAUAUUACUUACCCACUGCUCGCCGCACUCUCGUGCACCCAUCUCCUUCUCUGUUUUAGCAGACGCUGUUGGCGACUGCCUCGCACGCUUCGAUCCAGGCCGUCAGCAGUCUCACGCGCGUAGUCUCCGCUCGCCAUGUCAUUGAAGCAGGAAAUCGAGACCUGGGUCUCUGCCCUCGGCCACUACGACAACAACGAAUUCGAAGAGGCCCUCACCGAUUUCGACGGCAUCUCGGAUACCUCGAAGAUUCUCUUCAACUGCGGUGUCAUCCAUGCAACCCUCGGCGAGCAUGAGAAGGCUGUGGACUGCUACCAGCGCGCUGUGCGGCUGGACCAGUACCUCGCCGUAGCGUACUUCCAACAGGGCGUCUCCAACUUCCUCAUGGGCGACUUUGAGGAGGCUCUCGCAAACUUCAACGACACUCUCCUCUACCUCCGCGGCAACAACAACAUCGACUAUGAGCAAUUGGGCCUGAAGUUUAAGCUCUACUCUUGCGAGGUUCUCUUCAACCGUGGUCUGUGUUACAUCUACCUGCAACAGAAGGAGGCUGGUAUGCAGGAUCUUUCGUUCGCGGCGAAGGAGAAAGUCGUCCCGGAUCACGACGUGAUUGACGAAGCUAUUCGGGAGCAGGCAGAGGGUUACACUGUCUUCUCCAUUCCCGUAGGCAUCGUCUAUCGACCAAACGAGGCCAAAGUCAAGAACCUCAAAACCAAGGACUACCUAGGGAAGGCACGACUCGUGGCAGCUUCGGACAGAAACAACGCAUUCACCGGAUUCGCUGGUUCCGAAAUCAAGAGGAUGAAUGCGGGCGAGACGGUAUCCACUGCCAAAGACGACAGGCCCGAAGACAAGCUGUCAUAUGCCGCAACCAACCUCGUCAAGCCUAAUCUUUCAAGCCGAUCAAGACAACAAUCUGAGCCACCCAUCAACCGUAAUAUGUUCCCUCCUACUCCACCUCCAGAAUCCGAAACCAGGGGCAAGCGAGACUCCGGCGGUAGCAAUUCCGCCGGCGGAAUGACACGAGCUCAAUCUGUCCGCGGUGCUGGUCCGAAGCCAAUGCCCCUUGAUCUGGGCCGUGCUGCAUUUGAUCAAAGCGAGAAACCGCGACUUGGCACCCAGCGUUCGGCCUCAGAACGCCCAAGACCUUCCCGACAGGAGUCGCUCUCCAGCCGUAGCGGCGCUGGACGACGUGAGCGUGACGUACCUAGGCGCCGUGUUCUGUCCGACGAAGAAGAAGGCGACGACUACCCUGAUGAGCUCUACGACAUGUACCAACAACCCCGUUCGAGCCGGCCCUCGGUGCAACGGUCGCGCUCAAUGAAACCCCAGCGACCAAUGUACAUCGACGAAGAGGAGGAGGAAGACGACUACGAACAAAGCUCCGUUGACGAAGCCGAGUUCGAGAUGGUGUCGCGCUCCAAGACUCGACGACGGUCUCCCGCUCGCCACGCUACCUCCAAGCGCCCCGACAUCCGUACUAUCCGGGUCAAGGUUCAUGCCGAGGAUACCCGCUACGUGUUCCUCGACCCCAAUAAGAGCUUCCGCGAAUUCGCAAACCAGAUCCGCGAGAAGUUUGGCCUACGGCAGAGCUUCAAGAUCAAGAUGAAGGACGACGAAGACAUGAUUACGAUGGCGGACCAGGACGAUCUGGAGAUGGCGAUACAGACGUCGAAGCAGAAUGCACGAAGAGAAAAGGCGGAAAUGGGCAAGAUGGAGGUCUGGAUUCAAGAAGUAUAGAUUAAAAAUACCCCGGCAUUUUUAUAGCCCAUCUCCUCUCCCGAGAGAUGCCUUUCAGUUUCAACAAAGCAGAUAUUGGGCGGUUCAUAUGAUGCUUGAUUUGGUUUUUUUUCUGGUUAUGUGUAAUGUCGAUAAGCCUCAGCGAAGCAUUUUGUUUAGUAUAUCCGCACGGCGUUUAUUUAGUCGUUUUUUAAACAUUGAGCCUUUUUGGAGCGAGCGUAUUAUCAUUAAGGGGCAGGCGCCU